AUGGCUGCGUUGAUGAUGGUUAGAGAUAUAAAACCACGUAACGACGGGAACGAAGAACAUGAACAACAGGAUACUGGUCGGGUUAUUCGAGACAUUAAAAACGUGUAUCCUGAAGUUAUUGAUUUAUUUAGAGGAGUUAAUGAUUCAAUUUCAAAACAUUCUAUAACCCUCGAUGAAGAGAAUAAAUUAACAGAUUAUAUAUUCGUCAUUAUUGCAGAAUUAAUGAAGAGAAUAAAUGAAAAAGGUAUAGCUGAUAUCAUUAAUGUCAGCGAUGUAAUGAUGAAAAGAAAUUUUGACUCAUUAUUUACAGAACCGAAAACAGAAUAUAGUCUUUAUGACGUAAUUACCGAAUUAAUGAAAAAGAUUAAUGAUAAUAAGAGUUCUGGCGGAAGAGUUGAAUUAGAAGUGAAUGAUGUUAAUGAGAAAUUAGCCGAAAAAGCAGACAAAAAUGAGCUUUUAGCUCUGAGUGAUAAAGUCAAGAACCACGUUCAUUAUAUAACUUCAGACGAACAGAUUAUAACGGACUACCAUGGAUAUUUAACACGAAGUGAUGAAGCGAAAACAAAAAAUGUUAAUGAAAGAAGAUAUAAAUACAUUCGUGCUAAAGGUUAUGACAUAAGCUGUACUGUACAGUAUGAUGUAGCUAAAGCACCAGAAGCAUUUGGUUAUACCGGUGAAAUUUAUGCCUCUACUUUCAAUGUUAACGGUGUAUUAGUUGAACCAAGAUUUACUUUGAGAGUUAAGGCAAAAAUAACUUUUGAAGAUGCUAUUAAAAGUAAAGCCAGCAAAGAUGAACUUGAAGCAAUGAACAAAGUUUUGAAAUCUCAUAAGCACAAUAUCUCCGAUAUAAAUGAACUUCAAGCUACAUUAAAUAGUAAAGCUGACAAGAACCAUACACAUGAAUCCUUCACUACUGUUAGAGCAGACGACAUAAUAUUGAACUAUACCCUCGGUUCAA